AUGAUUGACGGGCUGUACGUCCCCAAAGGUGUCAAUGUCUCUGCUGAUAUUUGGACUAUCCAGCGUAAGCCCGAGUAUUGGGCUCUCGCUGACAAGUUCUGGCCUGACCGCUGGCUUGGCAAUGGUCCGGGCACCGUCUUUGAGUACGAUGUCCGGACCAGCUACCGGCCAUUCCUCGUUGGACCCCGAGUGUGCAUUGGUCGCGAGAUGGCUUUGCAGUCCAUCCGUCUAACUGUAGCCAAAGUAGCAUUUUCGUUUGAUUUAGGAAUGGCUAACAAGGAUACUUUCGUGUGGGAGAGAGAUGCAGGCAAUGAUUAUGUCUGGCAUGACUAUCAUGUCUUGGUGAGGAAGAGGGCACACCAAGAGUUUCAUAAAUAG